GACAUCAUCGAUCUCGCGGCGGAGCUUUCUCAGCGAUAAGUCAGCGCAUGCGCACUAUAUAGUUGAUAAGCAAAGCCAGGAAUUCUUGUUCCGCACCCUGGCCGUAUGAGCGUAUGCGCACAAAAGAGGACAGCAUCGGGUCAGUGACUUUCAUCAGAAGAUGCAUGCAACUGCGGAGAAUGUGCCUCUUGUUCCUGUCCUUGUUCUGCUGUGUUUCCUUCCGCCCUCUGUCUCCUGAGUGCAGCAGUCAGUCUCAUAGUCUCUCUGAAGCAGUAGCCACACAGCAUGUGCUGCAGUCUCAGCUGGCCACACUUGGGGCAGGUCUGGUAGUGGUGUUUGGGUUUCAGGUACUUGUGUGCCAUCCUCAUCCUCUUCUUAGAGUGAGACGUUCUCCUCUUUGGUACAGCCCACAGCAGGACAGCCUCCCACAGAGUACUCGGUGUGGGCACAGUGUAGCUCCCAAGUAGGGGACCCGAAAGUUCUGUUAGGUUUUGCUGCGCCUUCGUCCCCUCAUCACGUGAUCUCGAUAAGAGGCCGGCUAAAAUCCCCGCUUUCGUUACGAGUUUGUGUUGAGGUUGAGCCAGUAGAUUGGGGGAGCGGCUCGUCGCUCUCAGAGACGCCAGUAGAGCUCCUGUCAGGCUUACAACACCAAACAUCUUUGUUCGGUUGCACACGUGUGUGGACCGCAUCUACAGGGUUAAAUUUGUAGGAAUGUUUAACACCUCUCUCACUGAAUAAGCCCCUGCCGUUUUCAUUUCCUUUUUUACCGGAAGUAAAUGACGGCUUGCAAGUUGAGCUCAUAAGAAUGAGUAGCAGCGGCGUAUACUCGUGUUCCUGCAAGAUCGGACCUUCCAUUCUGAAUGGCGACCUCUCGUGUCUGGGAGAUGAGUGUAAACGGAUGAUGGACGCAGGAGCUGACUAUCUCCAUCUCGAUGUUAUGGAUGGACAUUUUGUGCCCAACAUCACGUUUGGAGCCACAAUGGUAAAGUGGCUUAGAAAGAAACAGCCUGGAGUAUUUUUCGAUCUGCAUAUGAUGGUAUCCGAGCCUGAAAAGUGGGUCGACGAGAUGGCAGACGCAGGGGCAAACCAAUACACCUUUCAUCUCGAAGCAACUGAAAAUCCUCGUGACCUGAUAAAACAGAUCAGGAACAGAGGAAUGAAGGUUGGGAUAGGUAUCAAGCCAGGGACACCAGUGGAGAAAGUCUUGCCGUACGUGUCUGAUGUGGACAUGGUCCUCAUAAUGACAGUGGAACCUGGCUUUGGAGGUCAAAAGUUCAUGGCUGACAUGAUGCCAAAGGUGAAGCAUCUCAGGAGGAACCAUCCUGGACUGGACAUAGAGGUUGAUGGAGGAGUAGGUCUUUCUACCAUUGCGACUGCUGCUGAAGCUGGAGCCAACAUGAUUGUGUCGGGAAGUGCGGUGGUCAAAAGUCCAGACCCAAAGUCUGUCAUCACUCAACUGAGAGAAAUCACUGAAAAAUGGAUUAAACAAAACGCACAACAGCAAACGCAAUGAUCCAAUCCAUGAUAAUUGUGAUGAAUUCAGUAUAGUGUGGUUCAGAUGAGUGGCUGGUUUUUGUGUGUUAAUUACAAAUUAACUCGUUUAAAAACAUUGCAUUUUCCGUCAGUUUCGAGGUAGCAGUGUUUGAGCUGGGAGCGAGUCGUGUACUGAUUCAUGGCCUGUUUCAGAAAUGAACCAGAGCCCAUUAGCAGGAGGCAGUUCGCUCUAACAGCGACCGUAACCCGGCACGGAAUAUUGAAUGACUGAUUCAAAACUCUGCUCCCACGUGGAAAAAGAUUGGAACUGGGUCAAGGGUAGCAGCAUCUUGUCAAAUAUCUCUCGAGCCAAGUCCCCUUUCUCCCGUUCGAUAGUUGCACUGCCGUACUUACCAACGUCUAGACCUAAAAACACUGCUUCGCUGCCAGUUUUUUCUUUAGCCCUCUGGAUAUAGUUGAGAGUUUUAGCAAGGCACUGGUGGAGUGUCUCAUUGAACACGGACAGGCUGGUGAACAUUGUCAACCAUUCAGACCGAAAUAAAACAGCCACAAGUGUCCAUCGUGAAGGAAUUGAGAUAUGUAGUUGUCAGCAUCUCUCGUGAUAGUUUUAGAAGGUCUGAGAGGUAGUGUUCUGGAGAGAGCCAUGGGGAUGUGGGCAGCUAGUGUCGAGAUCCAACAGAGACCCAAUUCUGUUUUGACUCCACUCACUGAAAACUACAGUCACCUCGCGAGCAGAGACAUUUCCCAAUAUCUUCCUGUUGAAUUCAUCCACCGACAAAUGCUUUGUGGGGGUGGACACCUUUGCGAGGCAAAACUCUCGCGUCACUAUAAACCCCAG